GAUGAUGAGUAGGUACAGCUUGAAGAGGGACAUGUAUUGCUGCUAAAAUAAAGCUGCUCAAAAAGCAUAUGCCUCAGUCAGCCAGUGGUGGAGCAAGAACACUGAGCUCAUAUUCCUUUUCACCAGGUGAACACUUCUUUCCUGUGCUCUGUCAGGGAAAAGCUGUGCCUAGCCAGACAUCGCAAUGCAAGUUAGUUUUGCUGAAGCCAGUGAUUUUUCCAAUACCAGCUCAGGAACACUGAAUUUAACUCUGACCAAUUGCACAUCAGCAAAUUCCUCUGCAGAUAUAGAAGAAGAAUAUGCAUGGGAAUCUUUUUAUACAUCAUUUAAGAUGGAGCAGCUGAUUACUCUCUGGAUUUUGUUUAUUGUCACUAUAUUUGGCAACUCAGUUGUUCUAUAUCUGACAUGGAAGGAAAGAAAGCGGAAAUCUCGUAUGACUUUCUUUGUUACACAGCUAGCCAUCACAGACUACCUUACAGGAAUAAUAAGCAUCUCUGUAAACAUUAUAUGGCGAUUUACUGGCGAGUUCAUGGCCCCUGAAAUUGUCUGCAAAACUGUACGUUACUUGCAGGUUGUCCUUCUGUAUGCUUCAACAUAUGUUUUAGUAUCUCUCAGCAUAGACCGAUAUCAUGCCAUAGUUCAUCCAAUGAAGUUUCUCCAAGGAGAAAAACAAGCAAAAGUGCUAAUUGCGGUUUCAUGGACUUUAUCAUUCUUAUUUUCAAUUCCAACAUUUAUUAUAUUCGGAAAACUCAAACUACCUAAUGGAGAAAUGCAAUGCUGGGCUCUUUGGCCUGAUGACUCUUACUGGACACCCUAUAUGACAAUUGUUGCUCUACUGGUUUAUUUUAUCCCUUUGAUUAUUAUAAGUGUGAUUUACUUCAUUGUAAUACGAACAAUAUGGGUAAAAAGUAAAGGACAUGCAGUGAUAAUUUCCAACUAUACCGAUGGAAAUUUUUGCACUAGUUACAGUCACCGAGGUCUAAUUUCCAAAGCUAAAAUGAAAGCUAUUAAAUACAGCAUUGUGGUUAUUCUUGCUUUUAUACUUUGUUGGAGUCCUUACUUUCUAUUUGAUAUAUUGGACAACUUUGAAAUGCUCCCUGAAACCAAAGAACGUUUCUAUGCAUCUGUUAUUAUUCAGCAUUUACCAUUUUUAAACAGUGCCAUUAAUCCAAUAAUCUACUGUGUAUUCAGUAACAGACACUGUCGCUUAUCCAGGGAUAGAAAUUCGGGAAAACUCGGUGGCACCAUUAGAGAUAAAACAGAAGGAAUUGAAAUGCAAGUGGUUUCAAGACCAGAGUACCUCUAGUAUAUGAAUUAUUUUGAGAUAUAAUCCAGCAAUCAAAGAAUCUAUUUCCUAUAGUCAUCUAUGUGGUACUACCCGACAGACACGGCAAAGCUAGAUGUAAAUAAUGUCAUAUAUUUACAAAUAAUUUCAUUGCUAUUUUUAAUAUAUGAUCAUUUGAAGUAUGUCUCUACCUAAAUUAUAACAUUUUUACUACCCUGUAAGCCUUAAAACAGUUGUGUAUAGUAUUGAUAUGACCAUGCAUUUUUACCUUAGUUAAUACUACCCAGUAUAAUGAAACAAUUAGAUAUUGCUUCUUCUAGCACACCCUUUCAUUUUCCUGGUAUUUAUGAAUUAUAAGAAAGUCAGAUGGCUCCUGUGGUUAUCUGAGAGUGCUAAUUUUCAAUAUACACUAUUGCUUACACCCAUGCUCCUACAUGAUUUAUUUGUACAAAAUCCCUGACAGUUUUUAAACAUUUUAUUAUAUGAAAUAAAAAUUCUAUAAAACUA